GAAAUGUUAUUUUAACCCGUUUUUGGUCCGACCCGACCAUAACGUACCGAAUCGACUUGAAAUUGUAAAACCUCUCCCCUUUUUGCUUUCCUCUGUCUCUCUCGCUCGCUUAGAAGUUAGAGAAAGCUUCAAACAGCUGAAAUGGCGGUUCAGCCGAAUCACAAUGCAUCUUUUGAGAUCAGAUUAGCUUCACCUUCUCAGAAACUCUUUAAGAAACCCAUAGCUCAAAUCUCGCUGUCAACGAAGCUCAAACCCACUUCUCAACCGUCGAUUUCGUGCUCCACUUGGAAUCCAUGUCAAAUUCCGGCGAGACUCUCCGGUUUCAGUUCCGGAAUAUACGCAUAUUCCUCUUCCUCCAAUCCUAUCUUCUCUCGCGAACCACCAGAAUCUGAAUCUCCGCCACUCGGAAAGAAGAAGCUGCGUGUGCUGGUGAAGCCGCUGGAGAAGCCGAAGGUGGUACUAAAGUUUGUGUGGAUGCAAAAGGACAUAGGAGUUGCGUUAGACCAAACGGUUCCAGGAUUUGGAACAAUCCCGCUUGGUCCGUACUACUUCUGGCCUAGGAAAGAUGCUUGGGAAGAGCUCAAAGCUUUGUUAGAGAGCAAGCCCUGGAUCUCCGAGCUUCAUCGCGUCUUCCUCCUUAACCAAGCCACAGACAUAAUCAAUCUAUGGCAAUCAAGCGGUGGAGAUUUGUCUUGACUGAGUCUUGCUUUCAAAGUGUAAAGCUUUGUGUGUUUUAUCAGUCCUUUCGAUG